AUGGGGGGAAUAGACACCCCCGGUGAAGCAGGGCCCGUGGGGAUGGCAGAGACACUGAAGGAGGAGGAAAAAAAAAAAGAGGGGCAAAUUUUAAAAAGCGACACAGAAGAAGAAAGUGACGACGGUCAAGUGGAAGUAAAAGAGAUUUACAAUAAAAGCAAUUUUAUUAAUGGGAAGGGUGCCAGGCUGGUUCGAAUAGUAUCAGAAUUUGUGGGAGUCCAAGACGCACUACGAGAUGAAGGAAUAUUUUUCACAGUCGUCGUUUUCGGCUCUUCCAGAUCAUUAAGUAGUGAAAAAUAUCAAAGGAGAAAAAAAAAAUUGGAAAAAAAAUUCUCCAAACUUAAUGACAAAAUAACGAACAACAUACCAUUAACAGCUAUGGAGGUAGCAGAAUAUGAAGGGGUAAAAAAAGACUUAGAAAAAUUACACAAAUUAAAAUGGAGCACAGAAUAUUAUGCAAAAAUAUAUGAGCUUUCAAAACGCCUGACUUUAUUUUUUGGGACAGAAGAAGGGCAGAAGGCAGUGAAUAAUAUUUCGACCCAUUUGCCGAAGGUACAUAAUUUUGUACCAAAUAAAAAAGGGGAAAAAAACCCAAACAAUUUUACUGUUGCCAUUUGUACAGGAGGAGGUCCUGGUUUUAUGGAGGCAGCAAACAAGGGUAGCAGAGACGCCAAUGGAAGAUCCCUAGGCUUUAUGAUUUCUUUACCAUUUGAAAAAGGAGCAAACAAAUAUGUAGAUGAAAAUUUAUCUUUCAAAUUUCAUUAUUUUUUUACAAGAAAAUUUUGGCUAGUUUAUUUAUCUCUAGCCUUUAUUAUCCUCCCAGGGGGGUUUGGAACAUUAGAUGAACUGAUGGAGAUUCUAACCCUAAAGCAAUGUAAGAAGUUUAAGAGAAAUGUUCCUAUUAUUCUUUUUGGAAAAGAUUUUUGGUCUAGUAUUCUUAAUUUUAAGAAGCUAGCUGAUUAUGGGCUUAUUUCUCAAGAGGAUCUAGAUUCCAUUUUCCUUACGGAUUGUAUUGAAGAGGCCUACAACUACGUCAUCAACCAUUUGAAGAAUGGCUCUUGUUUGUCUAACACGGCGUGA